UAGUCAGCGCCAAUUCACUAACCAACGUUAAGUAACUCUUAUUAACUUAGCAAAGGGAUGUUAGCCGUCGACAUUUACCCCAGAUGUUCUAAUUAUGUUUCAUUGUUAUUCGAUUGAUCUGGACUCAAGCUGUAGGCCGACCAGUCAGAUGAGUAACUCAGUGGAGGAGGUCAGACACCAUAUCAAUACUUUAAACAUCUGUUCAUGCAACAUUGGAGGACUUUGCGGAUAUCAGGGCCUACUUUUCCACAACAAAAUGGAACCGCCUCUGUAUGGCAGAGAAAAAAAGAUUCCUGCAGAUCAAGGAAAACCAUUUGGUUAUGUCGUCUCUUGAGUCUCUCAGGGCGGGGCUGGAGUGACCAGGAGGUCUCUGGAGGGCCCACUCCUUCUCAUCCAGAGAUUGACCCCUCCGGAGGAGGAGUAGAGAGGGGCUCUGCAGUCCAGGAGGAGGUCUCCUUGGUUAUCCAUGAACAUAUGAAGGGCUCAAGUGUUUAUUCAAGAGAGACGAACCUGAGAAAUGUUCUCAGAGUUAACUAACAAGAACCGGAAGUACCUAAGGAUGACGACUACUUCUGUAAGAGGGCUCUCUCUCUCUGUCUCUGUCUCUGUCUCUGUCUCUCUCUCCCCACCUCUUUUUCCCCACCUCUUUUUCAUUCACAAACCAAUUUUUAAUCUUCCUGUUUCUGUCUAUUUAAUAUAGAUUUGUAGCUGAAGCUCUUUUGGACAUAAUAAAUAAAUGAACUCUCCAGUCUGUGAUGAGUGUAGGACUUUCUUCCUCGAAGAGUGCGAGGUCCACGGUCCUAUCGUUUUCGUGGCUGAUCGCCCCGUUGCUGUCAGAGAGAAAGACCGAGCCAAGAAGACGCUGCCCGCUGGGUUUGAGUCGUAGAGUGAGAGUCCUUUCUCCAUCUCUGUCUCAUGUGGGGUAGAUCAGAGAUUAUGGGAUCCCUGGGGCCGGUCUAGGGGUGUUUUACUGUGGAGACGGUGGCCUUCCCAUUGGAACACACUUUGGACCCUACGAAGGACCCAGGACAAAUGAAUAGGGAGCCCAGGAGAGUGGAUACUCCUGGGAGAUCUACAAGAGCAGACACAAUGAUUACAUUGAUGCAAAGAGAGAGACACUUUCUAACUGGAUGAGGUAGGACCCUAUUCACUUUUAUACCAUCUACUGCAUGAAUAAUGUUGACAAUUUUCUUACUUACAUUACUUUAUUGAUAACAUUUAUAUUUCUCCAUGUCUGUUAUCUGAUUAGAUCCACAAUAUUUUCUGUGUUGCUAUGACAUAUGCAGAAGAUACACUGUAAAGGUGUGUUGACGUACCUGUCUGUGUGUUAAGUACGUCAAUUGUGCUCGCAAUGAAGAGGAACAGAACCUAAUAUCGUUUCAGCACAAAGGAGGAAUUCCUUAUCGCACCUGUGGCCUCGUGACUUCAGGAGCAGAGCUCUUGGUCUGGUAUGGGGACGAAUACGCCAGACAUCUGGGAAUCGGAUUUGAUCGACUGUGGAACAACAAGAGCUCUACUAAAGGAGGGAAAUCCCAGCUGACACCAGCACAGGCUUUCCCCUGUCCCGAGUGUCCGUACUCCUACAAGUCUCAGAUCUUCCUCCACAAACAAAUGAAGAGGAGCCAUGUCGACCUGUACUGCCGACUGCUGAGGAGUGGAGAAAUCAAGGUGGAGCCUAGUCUCCUCCCAUACGUCGCAGCCUCCUAUCAAGAACCGAUCGGAGCCUCCCCGGGAACCGUCCAAAGCACGAGCGAGAUUCCAGCAGAAGGAGCCGGACAACACAGAUGUGAGAAGUGCAGUAAAACCUUUAGUCGCCCUCGUAGUCUGAAGAGACACCAGCGCAUCCACAUGGGAGAGAAACCAUACCACUGUAAACAGUGUGGGAAAACAUUUAGACAAUCUAGUGAUCUGACGGUACACCAGCGCAUCCACACAGGAGAGAAACCAUACCACUGUAAACAGUGUGGGAAAACAUUUAGUCAGUCUGGUGAUCUGAAGAAACACCAGCGCAUCCACACAGGAGAGAAACCAUACCACUGUAAACAGUGUGGGAAAACAUUUAGUCAAUCUGGUCAUCUGGAGAGACACCAGCGCAUCCAUACAGGAGAAAAACCACACCACUGUAAACAGUGUGGGAAAACAUUUAGUCACUCUGGUGAUCUGAAGAAUCACCAGCGCAUCCACACGGGAGAGAAACCAUACCACUGUCAGAAGUGUGGGAAAACAUUUAGUCGAUCUGGUCAUCUCAAGAGACACCAACAACUUCACAGAGGAGUCUCCACCCAAACAACCAUGUGAAGAAACUAAAUGGUUCCCAGACAUCUGUUAUUCAAAUUGAAUCAAACAUGGUUCUUGCUGUUAUAUGUUAAAAGGGCACAUGAACGGUUAAUUGUUUAUCUUAUCAACUUUAUGUAUUUAUUUAUAUUCAUGUCUGUAUGAGUGAAGGGUUUUACCCAAAAAAUGUUUAGAAAAAAAAAAGUUUGAGAGAGAUAAUGUUAUUAUCUGAAUUAUUUAACUUCCAUUUGUCAUCAGUAAGGUAUCUUAUAUCUGACGUCAUUGUUAUAUUACUACAUUUGUAUGUAUUUAUUUAUUUAUUUAUCCUGUAGAAAUUCAAAUAAAAUCGGAUAUGCAGUGCUGAGAAGACUGGUUUUGUCUGGAUAGAAUAGAAGCAGUCCAACAUGUUGGUGAAUUAUAUUUGAUAUGCUGUUAUGCAUAACGUAGGAUGCAACGGAUGAGCUGAGGUCCCGUUACUGACCACCAGAGGGAACCACAGCACCACAAAGAUGUUCCCCU